AUUUUUUGCUACUCUUCAGAUAGGAGAGAUAGGAACCUUGGCCAAAUUUAGUGUUCUGCAAUUUUGAGAUGUCACCUUAACCAUAAAAAGACAUGGCAGAAGCGAAUGUUGAUGAUAUGUUUGAGGAUGAGGACAGUGAAUCUCUUGCCAAUGGACUCGAUGAGAACAUCGACGAUGACUCUGACUCGUAUAAAAGCGGACAGUUUGACUCCAUUUUCCCACGAAGAUCUCAAUCAGAUGCAGCUCUCACUUCAAGAGGCAUUCAAAGCAUCCUGGGGUGUGCUGUUUCCAUGGACAACUUUGAUGAAGAGCCUCCUCUUUCAGGCAACAGAGUUUCUGAAAGCUCAAGAGUAUUUUUUGAUUUGUCAAAGAUUGAUUCUGAAAUGGAGUCAUCAACAGUGAGUACAGCUGCUAGUGCAUCUUCAAUGAAAGACAUAAGAUUCAAACUGAGGAUGAAUCAGUCACUUGAAACGAUUCCACAGAACGAGAUUCUAGUGACAAAGCAAACAAAAGUUUCUUACAGCUCAAUGAGUUCCAGAAAUUACUCCUCCGAUACACUGGAUGACAUUGAAGAGAGUGAUGACUCUGUCGAGCCUGAAUUAUCUGCUGAGCAUAUUGAGGCCGGACUUAAUGAGCAGCCUUGUAGCUUUUACACCAGAUAUCCUCUUAAUGUAAGCCAGAGCCCAGGCUCAGACAACCAUGCUUUCUGGCAAAACAAGCAUAAUCUGAAACUAAAGUAUCAGCAGAUUUGUUCAAGUCUCGAAAAAGACAUUUCUGAUUUGAAGAGGGCUACUGGGAUUGAUGAGAUUAAGCCUUUGGAGAAUAUUCAACAGGCAAUGGUUGAUGCAUGGAAUUACAAAGUUUAUGGAAGGGACCUAGCAUAUGGCCUCUGUGACAUUGUAAGAAAUGAAAGUGUGUUAAGCCUGUUAAUAAAGAAUUGCGAUUGUGACAUUAAAAAGGUUGUUGUGACCUCUGCAGCACUUCUUGAACAAGUUAUGUCUCUGAAAAAUAGAGAAAAAAUUUCUGGUGAGGGACUGGAAGGUGUAGUAAGGAUGACCCAGAGAAGCAUUGGUGACAAUGAACUUGCAUUAAGUUCAACAGGAAUACUAGAGAACUUGUUCAAAGUAAGCGAGGAGGUUUCUACCAGGGUGAUUCAGGCUGGAGGCCUGGAUGCAGUCCUUUACUGGUGUAGAAGUAAUGACGUCAAAAUACUGCGAAAAUGUGCAAAAGCAUUAUCUAACCUGUCAUUGUUUGGAGGUCCUGAGAAUCAAGAGGUGAUGAUCCAGCAAAAGGUGCCAGAGUGGCUCUUCCCGCUGGCUUUUAUUGAUGACAAACAUGUCAAAUACUAUGCCUGCCUAUCCAUUGCUGUUCUUGUGGCAAACAAGGAACUGGAAGCUCAAGUUAUCAAAUCAGGGACUCUGGACCUAGUUAUCCCCUUUGUGUCCACUGAGAAGCCAGACCAGUUUGCCCGCAGUGACUACGCCCACCGACAGGGGCGUGAUCCGGUCUGGCUCAAGAGGCUCAAGCCCUUGCUGUGCAGUCGCCGACCGGAAGCACAGGCACUUGCUGCUUUCCAUUUUGCAAUGGAGGCUGCAAUCAAGGCAGAACAGGGCAAAAAUAAUGUAUUCUAUGAUAUUGGUGUGAUAGAGCCACUGCGGAAGGUUGCCAGCAGUCCAAAUGCGGUGGCCUCAAGGCUGGCUAGGGAGGCUUUACAGCUGAUAGGAGAGGAAGCGCCACACAAACUCACCCAGCAGGUUCCGCUCUGGACGGCAGAGGAUGUCAAACACUGGGUCACUGAGGUUGGUUUCUGUGAGUACAGUGAACAGUUUGAAAAGUGUAAGGUGGAUGGAGACUUGCUGCUACAGAUGACAGAGGAAGACCUUAUCGACAGUAUCCAUAUCAAACCUGGCAUGGUCCGCCGGAGGUUCAUGCGUGAGCUAGUGACGCUGAAGGUGACAGCUGACUACUCAUCCUAUGACCCGACUAACAUCGACCCCUGGCUGAUGAGCGUGCUGCCGGAGCUCUCCCAGUACACAUAUGCCAUGCUGCGACACGGCAUGGACCGCGCCCUUCUUGCCUCUACUACUGAAGAGGAGCUCCGCGACGUCUGCAGCAUCAGCAACGGCAUUCACAGGCGCAUCAUCAUGCAGCAUCUUGGUGGGUUAAACUUGAGCGUGGAUGAUGGGCACCUCUCUCCAGAGUCCAGCUAUUUGCGUAACCCGAUUGGUUCAAUGGCCCGUGCCAGUAUUGACUGUGGUUCAAGCCUGUCCAUCUGUCCCCGCCCAGUGGAUGUGUUCAUCAGCUACCGCAGGUCCACUGGAUCCCAGCUUGCCAGCCUGUUAAAGGUGCACCUACAGCUGCGAGGUUUCUCCGUGUUCUUAGACAUAGACCGGCUGCGGGCGGGCAAGUUUGAUGAAAAUCUGCUCAUGAACAUCAAGCUGGCGAAACACUUUCUGCUAGUCCUGACCACCAAUGCCCUUGACAGAUGUGUCAACGACCUAGAGCGAGUAGACUGGGUCCACAAGGAGAUAGUGACAGCGCUGGAGAGCCAGUGUAACAUCAUCCCAAUCCUGGACAAUUGUGAGUGGCCUGAGCCUGAACAACUCCCAGAGGACAUGAGGCAGGUCUGCUACUUCAACGGCAUCAGGUGGAUCCAUGACUACCAGGACGCUUGUAUUGACAAGCUUCACAAAUUCAUCAAGGGUCAGGCCGCCAUUGAGGCAGCACGGCCCCUGAGCCUGGCCCAAACCUGGGACACUGUCCACGAGAAGGUGGAGAAAACCCUGGUUCCCGUCGUCAGCCUGGCCGACCUCAGCCAGGAGUUCAAGAAGGUGGAACCGGAACUCAACCUUGCUGACAACAGGGACAAGGUCAUCCAUGGGAAAGAGUGACACAGUCACUUGUAUUCACUUGUAUGUCCAUACUGUGUGCCAAACAGUUUUUGAUUUAAAAAAUAUGCUAUGUUACCUCCCCUUAUAAUUGUUAUUGUUUUAUUCACAGAACAUUAUGAACAUAUACCACUUCUUGUUUCUGCAGUCAAUGUAUUAUGCACCUAUCAAUGUUUUCUCUGGGUGAGGGCAGGCACAUAGGGGGGAUUCGGACAGUUCGUGAUAAUCAACAGGCAAGAUUUUGACAGGCUCGGUUUGUUUGCUACCUGGGAAAUAGUUCGACAGGCCCAGUGUGAUCACUACCUGGGAAACAGUUUGUGAUACUUAGCAGGCAGGAUUUUGACAGGCCCAGUGGGAUCACUACCUGGGAAACACUUUGUGAUACUCAACAGGCAGGAUUUUGACAGGCCCAGUGUGAUCCCUACUGGGGAAACAGUUUGCGAUACUCAACAGGAAGGAUUUUGGCAGGCCCAGUGUGAUCACUACCUGGGAAACAGUUCGUGAUACUCAACAGGCAGGAUUUUGACAGGCCCAGUGUGAUCACUACCUGGGAAACAGUUUGUGAUACUCAACUGGCAGGAUUUUGACAGGCCCAGUGUGAUCACUACCGGGGAAACAGUUUGUGAUACUCAACAGGCAGGAUUUUGACAGGCCCAGUGUGAUCACUACCUGGGAAACAGUUUGUGAUACUCAACUGGCAGGAUUUUGACAGGCCCAGUGUGAUCACUACCGGGGAAACAGUUUGUGAUACUCAACAGGCAGGAUUUUGACAGGCCCAGUGUGAUCACUACCGGGGAAACAAUUUGUGAUACUCAACUGGCAGGAUUUUGACAGGCCCGAUGUGACUGCUUCCUGAGAAAUAGACUUAGAUAUUUGGUACAUUUGAUACCGUGAAGGUAAAUUUCUGUGAACCAAGGGUUGAAUUUAGGCAGUUUGAUUAAAUGCUUUAUGAGUGUCAGCCACCGCUACCAGGGAGACAAUUCAUUGAUAGCUGCAUUAUUGCUCUGUGUUACAAUAAAUGUGUUAUACUUUCAUGAUCAUGUUUUGACUUGUAUAUACUCAUCAUGCAUAAUAGAAGUAUUUUGUGUUGCAAUAUUCAUAUAAUCAUAUAUCUUUAUUAAUGUUCAAGAGUACAUUUGCUAGAAUGAUACAUAAGUGUUUGUGUAAUUUGUAGUUCAACUAAUUAUACAUUUGACUUCUGUUUCCUUCUAAAUAAGUUAUGUCUUUCAUACUUUAUUUUUAUAUUACAGUAUGAGAUCCUAUUUAAGUUACUGACUAAUAUUAUUCUAAACUAGAGAUAUUUUGUGUUAUUAUGGCAUAUGGGGUAAAAUUGCCAGCCGGGCAGGAGAUAAACAGAUGUAUGUUAUUGUUGCUUUUUAUUUGAAAAUCAUGUUCAUGUUCACAGGUUUGGUAUACUUAAAUUAGGAAAUGUUAAAAACCUUUUUGUCUGAAACAGCUAAGCAGAUCCAUGCUAUUUUGAACAAGGCUUUAUUUAGUGGUCCACUAACAUGGUUGUUCAAAUUAUGCCCCUUGGGUCAAAACUGGCACUGCCCCGGGUGUCACAAGUUUCCUAGAGACUUAUUUAAGAAAUAUUUUCAAAAUAUUUCAAACCACAUGGCCCAUACCUUUGAUAUUUGUUUUGGAGCAUCAUAUGAUGACUGUCUAGCAAAACAUUUGAAAUUAUGCCCCUUGGGCAAAAGCUGGCCCCACCUUUUUUGACUUACUUUUUAAUUUUUAAAGCUACAGCAAUGAAAUUUUGACCAUGUGUAUAGUUUUGCAAACGUGCAUCAAAGUUGUCCUCGGAUGUCCUUGACUUUGACCUUUUGACCAACUUAUUUUUAAAACUACAGAAUGAAAUUUUGACCAUGAGUACAGUUUUGAAAGCAAAUAUUUUUUACUCUCAGAUUACCUUCACUUGGCAUAUAUUAAAAUAGUCCAUGCAACUAAUCUGUUUACAACACUUUCUGUCCUCAGAUGUUGAACAUGCAGCAAUUUUUAGCUAACCCAAACACAAAAAGUGAACUAUAUAUUUGUUGCCUAUUACUCAUACGUACAUGCUCUGGAUUGAAAAUGACCACAAAAGCCAUGCCAGUAGAGCAUAGGCCCUCUUGGGCCUCUUAUUACUAAGCUACAAGGGUGGUGUUGUCAAUGCAAUGCCAUGUCGUCUGAGUUUCAUGCUGGCUUGUUCUUUAACUCAUGUUGCCAACGCAGUUCUAUGUUGGCAGGUCACCAUGCAGUUCCAUGCUGGCUGGUCCUGUAACUGUUGUUGCCAACACAGUUCCAUGCUGGCUGGUCCUGUAACUGUUGUUGCCAACACAGUUCCAAGCUGGCUGGUCCUGUAACUGGUGUUGCCAACACAGUUCUAUGUUGGCUGGUCACCAUGCAGUUCCAUGCUGACUGGUCAUGUAACUGUUGUUGCCAACGCAGUUCUAUGUUGUCAGGUCACCAUGCAGUUUCAUGCUGGCUGGUCCUGUACCUGUUGUUGCCAACACAGUUCUUUGUUGGCUGGUCACCAUGCAGUUCCAUGCUGUCUGGUCCUGAGAUUGGUUUUGCCAAUGCAGUUUCAUGAUGGCUGGUCAUGCAAUUUGAUGCUAGCUGGUCCUGUAACUGGUGUUUGCAAUACACUACCAGUCUGGCUAGUUCAGUAACUGGUGUUGCCAAUGCACUUCCCUGCUUAAUGGUCCUGUAACUAGUGAUGCCAAUGUCUUGUCCUGUAACUACCUUAGGCUGUUUCACACCAUCCAUGUCACAAUGAACUGUAUAUUUUAAAUAAUGCACGGAAAAUUGAAUACAUAUAUAGUUACAUCUAUGAGAUAUUCUUGUUUUAUUAUGCAUUUAGCUUUUAUGAGAAAUACUUAGAACUUGUAUGAUAUCUACAAUUAAUUUUUUUGUGAUUCUGUUUAUUUUUAUGCUUUCCAAAGGUUGUAAUAAAUACAUAUUUGUCCAUCUUCCUUUAUAGACUGUAAUGUGCAUUUUUGUGAUUCUGUUUAUUUUGAUUCUUUCCAAAGGCUGUUAUAGAUGAGUUUUUGUCCAUCUUUCUAUAUAGACUGUAAUGUGCAGUACGGUUCACAGGUACACUCCAGCAACAUUGCAAAUACAUUGUUACAGUAAACCUAGGUGUCGUUGAUUGACUCAAAAAUUUGCGCGGUUAUAAUCCGAUAUUGUUGAAAUGCUGUUUUAGAAGUGAGUCAUUCUGCUAUUGUGUUGACUGUGUUGCUGUGCAGUCACCAUAUUAGGUUGAUAUAGAAGUGAACUAUUUUGCUUCAUAUAUCCUUGAAUUGUGUGAUUUGUCAUGGGUGUUCACUUCAAUGUUUACACUAUUGAGAAAAGCAGUCACUUCUAGUCUUUUGUUAUCAUUCCAUUUUAUGCUCCUCUUUUGUUUUGUUUCCUUUAUUUAACAAUAGCUUAUUCAGCUUAUUCCAUAGUAUUUAGUUGAUACUUUUGUUUUAAUAUAUAGCCAUGUGUGAUGUAUUUGUUAUUAUUUUCCAUUUUUUUUAAUCACAUGCUUUUGUUCUUCUACAAAGAUUUGUAUUAUUGUUAUCUGUAAAUGUAAUCCAUUAAGUUGCUGAGCCAGUGGAAAUUGAAUUCCUUCUUGUUAAAUUGUUUGCUCAUUUCGUCUGAAAGGCCAGUCUUCUGAACUAACCAUGACACAGCAGGUCAUUUUUGGAGCUACAUUUUGUAUGCAUUGAAUAUGCUCCAGUGUGGUGCGUUUUAGGGGUUUGUACAGGAAGUAUAUGUAGUUCCACAUCAGAUUAUCCAUGUGUUUGGUUAAAUGAAAAAAAUCUUAACAAUUGUUUUUACUAGAACUUGCAUAACUGGCCUUUACCUUAAUGUUCACAUGAGUGAUAUUGUUCAAUAGAUUUUGGAAUUCCAUCGCGUAUUUGUAGAUUUGUAUUGACAAAAGGUUUUUGAUUUUUGUUCAGAUUUUUUACUUUUAACACAGAACAGAGCCAUUUCUAUGCUUAAAUACAGGCUAUUACAUGUUUAAACCUGAAAAUAAGAGAUCCAUUUCCCAGUCAUUUGCACUGCAAUUGUUUUAAACUCGUAACAAAAUGUUGUUGCUCCAAUGAUUGCCUAUCAUGCAUGAACUAAAAUGUUUUUGUUGUUCAUUUGUGUGUGUUUGUCCUCGUGUUUUUCUAGUCUUCAUGCUGCCAGAUCAUUUUACAUAUUUAAGAAAUUUAGUUUCCCUACCAAGCUGUCAAGUCUUUAAAGGUUGAAACAUAUUUAAUUAUUAAUAAGUGUUUCGGUUACCUUAUUUCAACCAUAAUAUUACAGCAUAAUUUGUUUUUAUUUUUAUCAAUUGACUAUCAUUUGUAGAUAGAUUUAUUGGUAGGUAGUUUGAAAACAGUUUUCCACACUAAAAUAAUCGCUAUUCCAGUUUAUACAACGCAUUUGCUGUAUAAUCACUACCAAUGCUGUUUAGUAACUACCUAUGCUGUAUAGUCACUACCUAUGCUGUAUAGUCACUACCCAUGCUGUAUAGUAACUACCCGUGUUGUAUAGUUACUACCCGUGUUGUAUUUAGUAACAACCCGUGCUAUCUACCCAUGCUGUAAGGUAACUACCCAUGCUGUAUAGUAACAACCCAUGCUGUAAGGUAACUACCCAUGCUGUAUAGUAACAACCCAUGCUGUAAGGUAACUACCUAUGCUGUAUAGUAACAACUGGUGCUGUAUAGUAACAACCCAUGCUGUAAGGUAACUACCCAUGCUGUAAGGUAACUACCCAUGCUGUAAGGUAACUACCCAUGCUGUAUAGUAACAAUCCAUGCUGUAAGGUAACUACCCAUGCUGUAAGGUAACUACCCAUGCUGUAUAGUAACAACUGGUGCUGUAUAGUAACUACCCAUGCUGUAAGGUAACUUCCCGUGCUGUAAGGUAACUACCCAUGCUGUAUAGUAACAACUGGUGCUGUAUAGUAACUACCCAUGCUGUAAGGUAACUACCCAUGCUGUAUAGUAACAACUGGUGCUGUAUAGUAACUACCCAUGCUGUAAGGUAACUACCCGUGCUGUAUAGUAACAACCCAUGCUGUAAGGUAACUACCCAUGCUGUAUAGUAACUACCCAUGCUGUAAGGUAACUACCCAUGCUGUAUAGUAACAACCCAUGCUGUAAGGUAACUACCCAUGCUGUAUAGUAACUACCCAUGCUGUAAGGUAACUACCCAUGCUGUAUAGUAACAACUGGUGCUGUAUAGUAACUACCCAUGCUGUAAGGUAACUACCCAUGCUGUAUAGUAACAACCCAUGCUGUAAGGUAACUACCCAUGCUGUAUAGUAACAACCCAUGCUGUAAGGUAACUACCCAUGCUGUAAGGUAACUACCCAUGCUGUAAGGUAACUACCCAUGCUGUAUAGUAACAACUGGUGCUGUAUAGUAACAACCCAUGCUGUAAGGUAACUACCCAUGCUGUAUAGUAACUACCCAUGCUGUAAGGUAACUACCCAUGCUGUAUAGUAACAACCCAUGCUGUAAGGUAACUACCCAUGCUGUAUAGUAACAACCCAUGCUGUAAGGUAACUACUCAUGCUGUAUAGUAACAACCCAUGCUGUAAGGUAACUACCCAUGCUGUAUAGUAACAACUGGUGCUGUAUAGUAACUACCCAUGCUGUAAGGUAACUACUCAUGCUGUAUAGUAACAACCCAUGCUGUAAGGUAACUACCCAUGCUGUAUAGUAACAACUGGUGCUGUAUAGUAACUACCCAUGCUGUAAGGUAUCUACCCAUGCUGUAAGGUAACUACCCAUGCUGUAAGGUAACUACCCAUGCUGUAUAGUAACAACUGGUGCUGUAUAGUAACUACCCAUGCUGUAAGGUAACUACCCAUGCUGUAAGGUAACUACCCAUGCUGUAUAGUAACAACUGGUGCUGUAUAGUAACUACCCAUGCUGUAAGGUAACUUCCCGUGCUGUAUAAUAACUACCUGUAUUCGGAAUGUUGGCAAUAGUUCACUGCUUUAGCAUCAUCAGUAUACAUGUACCGGUAUAUACUGGUAUCAUUGCAUCAUUUGUUAAAUAUAUGCACUAGUUGUUAUGAUCUGGUUUACCUCAUAUUGUUUUGCAAGUGUUAAUUACAUAUACUAGCCACCUGGGAGUAUGUAUUAUUGGUCCCAGUAGCCACAUACUUAAGUGCAAGAAUGCUCUUUUGGAGAAUAAACGUUAUUUCUU